AUGAGAAAGAAGGUCAACAUCUUUGAAUACAAGAAGACAUAUAUCAUCAUUAAGAAGAUCUCUGAGAUGGAAGUUCUAACAGAUAACAUGCUUCUGCAACACAAGAUGAUCUAUAUGCAACUCUCUUCAAGCAUCAAAUACAGCCGGGGGUUACAGAACUGCAAGAAGCAGAAAUAG